UACAACUACAAUAUGGUGUUUUUUUAAAAUAUAUGUAAACCUAUUCUGGUACAACCUGUAAAUACAAUUAUGAACCUGAAAAUGGGCAUAAUAUGAGCUCAUUAAUGUAGAUAAGAUACUUUUAUUUCUGCUCAAUGUAAUUGUUUUAAUUGGGUUUUUUUCUAUCUACUCUCUGGCCCAACAAGAGGUAGAAAUAAAGACUGUAAAUGAGCUUCUUAUAUUUCCUUUUGCGUGUUUAUUUUAAACCAUUGCAAACUCUUUUGUUAACCUAAAGCAUCGCAUGGCAAAUCUUGUAUACUCUACUGAAACAUUUUUCCAAACCAAACUACAGUGUUACCUUUUGGGAUUGUGUGUUAUACUGACGACUUCUGAUAUUGGUUUGAGGAGUCUGUCACAGCUAUGACACGUCAACCCCGGAGGACAGACAGUAAAUAAGAUUAAAUGAGGUUGGUUAUAUGCUACAUUUCUAAGACUUUAUAUUAAAGUGGCAAAGGAUGGAUGUUCAUUGCUUAACCAGCAUGGCGGUCUGUUUGCUUCAGUCGCAGGUUGUAUACAUUGGACAUGAUGUACAUCACGGUCAUGAUUAUUCUUUUUCUUUCUAGUUUUACUUUACAGUAGUUUUUAAAGACUGCAUGUAAAUAUAUCAAAAUUAUGGGAAUUAAUGUUGCGCAUUAUGCAACAUAUUUACAAUGUAUGUUAAUGUUCUGAGAUAAAGAAAAAAAACUUAUUUUAAAUCAUAUUGUUUAAUAUUGUAAAUGAUACAACGAUAUAUUUAAAUAUCACAAUGCUGUAUUUAAAUGUGUUCAUUUCAUUGUGUAUUUUAUUUAUUUUUGUCGGCCAAAGUCUGGCUCGUAUGUCUGGAAUCCUUUUAAAGGCGACGCGUCGCUGUCUGCCGCUGCAGAACAGAUCAAAUGGGGAGAACAUUCUCUAAAAAUGGUCCCCAAACUUAAGGGCCAGCAUAAACUGGCAGGACACACUGCCGUCAGCUCGGACAGAGACUGUACUUCUGAAGGCUGCACUGUCAACUAAAGCGAUGCAGUCCCUGCCCAUGGAAGUGGGAAGCAGCAGCAGCUCUGCUCCCAGCGACACAUCUGGCCCGGUGGUGCAGGUGUGCUUCCCCAGCGCUCAGGCCUCGGUGCUGGACAGCCUCAACCGGCAGAGGGAAGACGGCCGGCUAUGCGACCUCUCCAUCCACGUCCAGGGACAAGUGUUCAAGGCCCACCGCUGCGUCCUGGCCGCCUCCUCACCUUACUUCCAUGACCAGGUACUACUGAAGAACAUGUCCACGGUCUCCAUCCCGGCGCUAAUGGACCCGCUGGCAUUUGAGAGCGUGCUGAGCUGCGCCUACACCGGUCAGCUCCGGAUGCUGCGCGAGGACAUCGUCAACUACCUCACGGUGGGCAGCGUCCUGCAGAUGUGGCACAUCGUGGACAAAUGCACCGAGCUGCUGAGGGAGGGCCGGGCUGCAGCGGGAGGAGGGAGCAGUGGAGGAGGAGGAGGAGGAGGAGGAGGAGGCGGCGGCGGUGUCCAGGGUGAAGCCAGUGUCGGAGGAGGAGGUGGAGGCUCAGCUAACCUCGGAUGCAGCAGCAGCAAUGGUGACGGUGUGGCAGGCGGCGGUAUCGGAGCUGGAAGUGAUGGUGAUGGGGUUGUCGGAGGAGGUCAUUCCCAGGUGGUGGGGUCCAACGAGCCCCAGCAUGGCCCCCAACCCCCCAGCCGGCCCUCAGUGAGUGAGAGCCAGUCUCCCAGCAGCACCAACUACUUCAGCCCCAGGGACGGGAGCAGCUUUGGAGGAAGCGGUGUGGCCGCAGCGGGGGCUUCGGUGGACGGGGGCGGGGCUAGCAACACCCCCAGCUACUGCACCCCAUCAGGAGGGGAGGAAGCCUUCCUUAUUGAGGAAGAGGAGGAGGAAGUAGAGGAGGAAGAGGAGGAGGAGGUGGUGCUGUACCACCACCAGAGGAAGAGAGGAAGAGGAGGAGGAGGCAGCGGGAGGAGGAAGAAAAUGAGCUCAGCGUCAGAGCAGGAAGUUGGGGUCAGCGACAGCUUUGGCGUGUCCUCCUAUCAGGACGGGGAGGACUCGGCGUUGCCGCUGCUGAAGCGUCCCACCUACAGCCAGCCCAGCAUCAUGCCGCGCAAACAGUGGGUGGUGGUGAAAACCGAACGCAUGGAGGACGACGACCUCAUCGUAGUGUCCGGGGAGGAGGGAGGAGAAGACGAGGAGGACGAGGAUGAGAGGGAGAUGGAGCUGGCCAGAGAGAGGGAGAGAAGCGACUUCAACAUCUCCAACGUUAGGAGCCUUUCAGGCGAUCUGGGAGGCCGAGCUGAGAACGACCUGGACUCACAGGUGGACUACUGCCAUUCUUCAGAAGACUACCUCAAGUUCGAAGGCAGUUUAAUGGACCAGACUUUAGUGCAGCACCUUCAUGACAGUGCAGCAGGUCAGAGCCAGAGCGCUAACCGUGCUGUUUCAGCGCUGCUGGGCCAGGUUCAGUCUGCAGCCUCGGCCCGGGCCCAGCUCUUCCCCCUGGACAUGCAGGGGAACCAGAUCCUCCUCUACAGCCAGGCGUCCGGACUCUCUCUGGACGCCGCCGCCCCUCCCCUGGGGAUGGCAGGCGCCAUGAUGGGAGGAGCCUCUUUCAAAGGUCCCGGUCUGGAGCACGGUGCGGUCCACCUCUCGGCCCAGGGCGGCUUGGGAGCCGACGGCAUGGACAGUGGGGGGAUUGGAGGUGGAAGUGGUGGAGGUAACAGCGCUGGGGGUUCUGGGAAAGUGUUCAUGUGCCACUGUGGUAAGACCUUUACCCACAAGAGCAUGAGGGACCGCCACAUUAACAUGCACCUAGACCUGAGGCCUUUCCACUGCCCCGUCUGCGCCAAGAAGUUCAAGAUGAAGCAUCACCUCACGGAGCACAUGAAGACGCACACGGGCCUCAAGCCGUACGACUGCCUGGGCUGCGGCAAGAAGUUCAUGUGGCGCGACAGCUUCAUGAGGCACCGCUCGCACUGUGAGAGGCGCAGCGGGCUGGGAGAGAGCGGAGAAGGCGGGAGCAGCGGCGGCGAGGGAGGGAGAAGAGGAGGAGGUGAGGAUGGCCCAGAUUUGAUUUCCUCCCCUCACCUCCUCCUGUCUGCAGGUGAGGGAGGACAGGGCAGUAUUCUGGGCGGAGGAGGGAGAGGAGGAGUGUCAGUUUCUUCUCCACAUCUCUCCGGCGCUGUCAUGUCACCGCAGCACACCGGCGUCUCAGCCACGGGAAGUAGCAGCAGUAACAACAGUGUGAUUAACAGCAUGGCCGCCGCAGGGUCGCUUCUAGGAGUCGUCUCCCAGAGUCCCGGUCAGGGAUCUGGGAUGUUUGCUGGUCUAGGUUUAGGUCGAAGUGUGUGUGAUGAAGACGUGUGUGAAGUCAGUGCCAAUGACAGUAGCGUGACUUAAUGCAGAAGUGUGUGUUAUGUCCAACGGGUGCCUCUUUCUCAGCAAACAGUCGUGCUUCUCGUUCCUGCUGCUGUUUUUACAAUAAAGUAAACUUGGAAGAAGCUCUUCUGAAACACUAUAACUGCCAACACUCAGCAUUUCAAGCAGGAAGUGUGUACUUUGUCAAGAGUGGGGGGAAAAAGGCAAAGCUCCCGUUGGACACACACGCUGAAGAACCUGUAAGUAUUUAACAGAAAAAAAGGGUUCUUAAAGCCGUGAGGUCAUGCUGAUGCCAUCUCUAAUCAUCCAUAAAUAUUUUGGAAACAUGCCUCCUAAAAGUGGCCUCAUUAAAAAUGGACCUUUUGUCUCAGUGAGUAAGCUAUCGUUUUAAAGUAUCCGAGAUGUUAUAGUCGAGAUUAUAGUUUUUGGUUUUGUUGGAGACUGCUAUGCGCGUCGAGAGGAAACCAAAAAUGAAGAGACAGUGCUUCACUAACUGUUGCUUUCUGUGACAACAUUAUAUGGCUGUUCUAAAUUGCUGUGAUUUUCUGCAGUAUUGAAUUGUAAUGUAUCACUGUCAUGUGAUUAGAAAAACACAAAUCUGCAAGAUAAAAUGUACUCAACACAUAAUUCAUAGUCCAACUAAGAAAAAAUGUAUCUAAAGUUGCAGAUUUGUGUUUUUUUCUUCCUUACUGCAUCUAGCAGUAGUGCAACAACUUUUCCUCAGUGUCCCACGUAACAGACUUACUGUCAGCACUGCCAUGUUGAUUUAGAUGAUACUACGGUGCUGCUUUGCCUGUAGCCCGAGCUGGAUUAUUACAGUAAAGGCACAAUCAUUUAUCCUCAUCACACGUGAACCCUGAUAGAUCCCAGACAGAUGUUUACCAGACAGGAACAAGUUUUGUCUUUUUGCUGCUUAUUUACCUUCUGUUUUCAAAACGUAAAGGUCCAUUAUGUAAUAUAUUUACUGUAUUUAAUCAAAAAAAUACCAAAAUAUGUCAUCAGAUAUUGAGGAAACAUGCUAAGUUGAAAUACUAUCUUCUAUGACAAUGCUAAAGACAGUAUUUUCUUCUUUAGAAAUUUCCAUUGUGGAACGGAAUGUUGAAACGCAAACACGCAAAAACAACGGGCUGCAGCGGAGGCAGCAGCAACUAAACUACCUGGAUUAACAGAGUUAUAGUCAUUCUACCCAACCUAAAAAAAACUCGGCAUUUUCUAAACAGUUGCAUGACUAGAAACGUG